AUGGACGACUACGACCUCUCGAAACCAAUAACCUCCACAUCGGGCCUCCGACAAGGCCUAACCUCCUACGGCGACGCACACUUCUCGCUCUUCCUGAGGAAAGUCUUCGUCAAAGCCUUGGGAUACUCCGAAGAUGCGCUCUCCCGACCAAUCAUUGGGAUCAUCAACACAUACUCUGGGUUCAACCCCUGCCAUGGGAAUGUGCCCCAGCUGAUAGAAGCAGCGAAGCGGGGUAUACACCUCAGCGGCGGACUCGCGGUCGAGUUCCCUACUAUCAGCGUGGCUGAAUCGUUUUCGCACCCGACGAGCAUGUUUCUGAGGAAUCUCAUGAGUAUGGAUACGGAAGAGAUGAUCCGCGCUCAGCCGUUGGAUGCGUGUGUUAUGAUUGGGGGAUGUGACAAGACGGUUCCGGCUCAGCUGAUGGGUGGGAUCUCGGCAAACAAGCCGAUUUUGCCGUUGAUUACUGGGCCUAUGAUGCCUGGGAGCCACCGGGGCCAGAGGAUAGGCGCUUGCACGGAUUGCCGGAAUAACUGGGCUGCUUUCCGCGCCGGGGAGAUUGAUAUCGAGGAGAUCUCGGCGAUCAAUGAGGAGCUUGCUCCGACGAUCGGAACAUGUGGUGUUAUGGGCACUGCUAGCACAAUGGCGUGCAUCACCGCUGCCCUAGGCAUGAUGCCAUUGCGAGGAGCAUCUGCACCGGCUGUGUCCUCGGCCAGAGCCCGAGUCGCUGAGGAAACAGGUGCUAAUGCCGUGCUUGCGGCGCAGAACAAGUGGAAGCCCCAGGAGAUCCUGUCAAAGGAGUCUUUCCUCAACGCCAUCACUGUGCUACAAGCGAUCGGCGGCUCCACAAACGCAGUCGUCCAUCUCAUGGCUAUUGCCAACCGACACCCCAAAGUUCAAGGCGUGAUUACACUCCAGACCUUUGAAGACAUCGGCCGCAAUACACCACUGUUGAUAGACCUCAAGCCCAGCGGUGACAACUAUAUGACAGACUUCCACAACGCUGGAGGCAUGCUGGCCCUCCUGCACACCCUCCGCCCCCUCCUACAACUCUCCGCCUUGACCAUAACCGGCCAAACCCUGGGCGAGGUUCUCGACUCGACGCCCUUCCGCGAGUUCCCCUUAUCCCGCCAGAUCAUCAGACCACUAUCCAACCCCCUCUACCCAUCUUCCUCACUCAUCGUCCUGACCGGCAACAUCGCACCAAACGGCGCAGUUAUGAAAGCCUCCGCGUCCAAAAACCGGUCCCUCCUCACGCACACCGGCCCAGCAGUCGUUUUCGAAAACUCCGCCGACCUCGCGAAGCGAAUCGACGACCCAGACCUUGACGUCACGGAGAACUCCAUCCUCGUCCUCAAGGGCAUCGGGCCCAUCGGUAACCCCGGUAUGCCCGAAGCUGGCCUCCUUCCCAUCCCACGGAAACUUGCCGCCGCAGGCGUAAAGGAUAUGCUCCGGAUCUCCGACGGACGCAUGUCUGGUACGGCGGGAGGGACAAUCAUCCUGCAUGUCUCGCCCGAGUCGGCGGUACCCGAGUCUCCGUUUGGGGUUGUGAGGACAGGCGAUGUCAUUGUUUGCGAUGUAGAGAAGCGGAGGCUUCACUUGGAUAUCUCGGAUGAGGAGCUUAAGGCGCGGAUUGAGACGAGGAAGGCGGAGGCUGUUAGGGAUGCGAAGCCGAGGCAGAGGGGGUAUCGGGGUUUGUAUGAGCGGUCUGUGAAUCAGGCGCAGGAUGGUGCCGAUUUUGAUUUUCUGGCCGCCGAUGGAGAUCGAGUUGGUAGUUGA